CACUAUAACCUGUCCAACAGUAUCUUCAAAGGCAGAGCAGAGAGGGGAGCAGGGCCGCUGCACCUUCCUCUCCCCAGGCCCCCCCGCCCCCGCCCCCGGAGCAUCAGGAACCUGGCGCAGGGAAGCUCCAUGCUGCGCGCACACAUCCAUAAUUGCAGCCUUUAAUCCCAGUUUUACAGCAGGCAGAAAAGGGGAGGGUUGACCACUGCUCUUUGCAACCCCAUGUGCCUGCUUGGACCAUGGAGUUGCCCUGUCUUCCAACUGAGACCCCCACCUCAGCCAGCUCCUGCUCCACGGAUCCCCUGUACGACAACUGCCCACCUUUUGGCCAGCGGGACAGGGCCAGGGAAAAGGAAAUGGAGAGCAGGGCUGUGUUUCCUUCAGUAACCAGACUCCCUGGGCCCGGCAGCCCUCUGCCUGGUUUGGUCCCAGCUCUGGCUGAGGUUCAGACAGUGGUUGUUGGAGGAAGAGAGCCUGGCUCCUGGCCAGAUCGCAGCUAUUGCAGCUGCAGAGGGAGCCUGGGAGGACAGGCCUGGGAGUCAGAUCUUAGUUCUAGCAGAAACAAAGGAGGAGGACAACGGGGAGUGGACUGGCAAGCAGAGGAUGGGGCUUAUCGGAGCCAAAGCCCCUGCCCGUCGCACAGCGAGGAGCAUCGCAGUGCUUUGUCUCUGUAUGACAACCUCACUGACACAGGAGUAGCUGACAGCUUAGAGGAGGUCUUCGACAUAGAGAUGAACUUGCAGGAGCAUUUUGACGAGCACGCAUACGCCUCCUGGGCCCCUGAGCUCAUCCAAGGACUGAUGCAGGGCGACCCUCUGGGCAGAGAGAAGAACCUCUGGCCGCCUUGUGACAUCCUCCUUACCGAAGGCUGUUCUGGUAGGCAGCGCCAGAGUCCAGACCAAGACGAGAAGCAGGAGCCAGAGCUGGACUCAGGAUCCUGUGCUCAAGAGGAUCCGACGCUGUCAUUUCCACAGCAGCGCCUCGCAGAAAGUCCCCCGCAGCCGAGCCACAGCCAGGAUCUGUGGCCCCCUGCUGAAACCAAGCACUUAAAGGAGGCACCGUUGUCUGUGAGGGUGCCCCCUCCGGUUCCCCUGGCUGACCCUUCUGCCAGCGCUCUGCGAAGCAUCCUGACGGGCCUUCAGCAGCAGAUAAUCAAGCAGAGGGAAGAGUACGAGGAACGAAUAAUCAGCCUGGAGCAGAGAAACGAGGAGCUGGAGGUGGAGGUUGUUCGCCUGAAGACAAACCUGUCGCAGCAGCGCCACUGGUACCAGGUGGUCCAGGCUAAGAUCGUGGAGUCAGAGAGGGCCAAAGCUGCCGCAGAGCUCCGUAACGCAACGCUGCAGCGGGAGAUGGAUCAGUUCUUUGACACCUUCGGUGAGCUCAACAACGAGGCCAAGAAGACAGAAUACAUCGUCAAGAGUUUUUGAACCAAGUCAAACGCGGCGGGUUUGAUGGCGCAACCAGUCGACACGGACGGAUUCCUCUAAAGCUUUUCUGAUAAUGUAGCAAAAAAGAAAACGCGUUCUUCCCUGUAAUAGGAGCAUCUCAAUAAAUUCAAUUAUCAAAAAGUUUAUUUCAGUAAAAUCUCUCAAAAAGUGAUUCUUGUGUAAAGUCAUUUCAGACAGAAGUUGGUGUGAAAUAAAGUAAAGAAACAUGCAUUUCAGCAACUGAAAAAUGACUUCCACCAACAUGACAGUUAUUCGACAAGCUAUCGUUUUUGUACUCCACUGGGAAGGCGAGCCAUAAAAGAUUGCUGCUAAACAAUCUGGCUGUUCAGAGAGAUGGAUCCAAGUAUAUUAAUGGAAAGUUGAGUGGAGGAAAAAAGUGUGGAAAAAAUAUUUCACUUUAACCUAAAGGCUGAAAGGGACUGUGAAACAACCUCAUCCAAAAGGGGAAAAAAAAAAAAAACUGCAGUGAGUGAACUGAAGAACAAUUUUACUUAAGCUCAAGAGGAAAAGAAACACUUGCAAAAUGCUGCAUUUCACUUGGAAAUCAAGACCCCAGGAGAGAAACUGUUGAGAUAAAGAUUAUUGAGAUGUUGUAAAGCACAUUGGACUGACAUUUCUAAAUUUAAACUUAUUUCCUGUCUUAUUGUAUUUUGUGAAACGGAAGUUAGGUUUUCCAUUAGUUGUAAGACAGAAUUAUUAAACACUAGAAAUUCAACUCUAGUGUAAAGAAUCUAACAUACAGUUUCACAUUUUGAUGUUUGCAUUUGCUGUGAUGAGAAAGAACGUCACAACCAACACGAAGAAUCACCGACGUCCACUUUAUUAGUUUUGAGUUUGGGUAAAGAUGUUGGCCAAGUGAUAUUGUGGUCAUUGCAGUCGCACAUCUCAGAUAGCUCAGCGAAGAGCUAAGGAAUUACAGAAUGAGUUGGCCACUCGUCUGGUUGUUUAAGGCAUGACAGAAAGAAUAAAAACCAUGUCGGUGUAAAAUGUGGUGCUUAAGUCCUCAGUGGCUCUGUAGUGUCAUAAUUCUGAUUAUUCAACACACUGUGCAAUCGUGUGCAGCUCUGCAGUUCAUGUAAAAGGCUCUUCUUUGAGUUGCAGCUCUCCAGAGUCUCUUAAACAGGCCCUUGUUGCUGGGCAAACUUCUCCCACCGACUCGUCCUCUGCAAAUGGGGCAACUGCUGUCUUAAGGGAUGAUUCAUAGGAAAUAAGGACAGCACUGUACAACUUGUACAUCACACAUACAGGCUUAAAAUAAUGAUAAAAAAGGAAACGCAAAGCAAACAAUACUCCGUCGGAACAAUAUGCAUCGUGAUAAAAACACGGGCCCGGAUGGAUUUCUCUCAGACCCACAGUAUCCUGAAGGUGUGAUGCCUUCAUGCAAGGUAAACAUCUUCAUUUUGUGCUGCCUUUAUGUGGAUCCUACAUGUUUUCUGGCUUUAUGGCUAAUUUGAUGAGUCUCCCGGUGCUAAAGGAAUGCUUUAGAAAAUGAGCAGCCCAUGCCUUUAUUUGCCUUCUAAAUGUUUUUUUUUAAACGGGCUUUAAUGUGGCUUGUGUGCAAAAUUUUGCAAGAACA